UCGGCAUCAUACUGAAAUAUGGGGGUGGCAGAAGCUAAUGGAGUUGGCGGCGUAGGAAGCUGGCUGUUCAGGGAUCGUUCGAGAGCAGUCUCCAGCAGACUCCUAGAAGCCUCAAGCUAUAAGUGGCUGUCUGAAUUGCCAAUCUGCCUACAUAUAGAGCUUAUAUUUGACAUUGAUGGAGUGUUUCCGAGGGGUUCUGCUGGAAGUAGACAAACUGUGUAUACAAUGGCACAAGAGAUUGCUAGCUGCACAGUGUUCUGUUACAGCAUGUUCUGUGUAAGGGGCUCUACUAGAGCAGAUCAACCAAGUAAUAAUCAUACAUGAGUAAGAUACCGAUGCUAUAGCAUAUUAUGAUGAUCGAACAUCAGGCUGGUGGUUUCACCUUGCACGGUCCUAGCCCUUAGCCGCUAAGCGCGCUAUAUUUGGAUACAGGCGUGAGUUUAAGGUUCGUCCCAGUUCCACAAGUAGUUAUAGAGUUCCCAUCUGAGAGUAGGGGAUAGCAUCAUUGACUAUUCUAUACUGUGACUGGGACGUCAUCGGUAAAGUCACUGACGUAUGAGCUAUUGCGCGAGUAAAGAUUCGCCUCAGCCUCUUCUGACUCUUCUUCUCUUCUUUUCUUUACUUCUCUUUUCUUCUCUCUCUCCGAACCAAAAUUCCACAACGCAGUAUACCUCUACAAACCGCUACUUGCAAGGUGAAUUUCAACACGAGUGCGACUUCUAAGCCUUGGAUACCAUAUCUAAAUUUACUGCAUCGCUCGAUAGUUUUAAUGUAGAGUUAAGAUCCCUGUUGUGGUAACCGACAAGUAUCGACAUCUCCACUGUGAUAUCUCGACCGACGACUCUCGAAGGCACCCCUUUCUGUAUCUUAUUCAGACCAAUAACUCCCAAAACACCUAUUGCGGCAAUACAAUAAAGCACUCGCAGCCCAACUUACCCAAACGAGCCCCGAGAAACAGCGGAUCACAUACUGGGGAAAAAGAAUCAAACGUCAAAAACGACCAAAGCACGAUCAAAGGACAACCGAAAAGAUACGACUACGAAAAACUUCACCAUGGAUCUCAAGCUCAUCAGAGACCAACACCUUGCCAUACGGCUAACUUUCGAGAACUCUGACAGAGUAAAGCGCUGGCUGCGCACUCUUCCAGCCAAACCGAUCUCCCCCGGCAAUGGAUCGUCCCUCUCCCCGGACUUCGCCAAAGCGCACCUCAUGGACCGAUGUUGUCACCCAGACUGCGCGUUCCAGGUUCGAUUAAUAUCAGUUCACAACCAUAUACACCACAAGGGGAUGUCGCUGGAGCAACUAUACCCGGUAUCCUGGACUGCAUCUGGUAGCAGCACGAGCACAGGAACCACUUUCUUGACCGCGAAAUCCCACCAAACAGCAUCAGAUGGGGGGGAAACCGAACCAGAAGAACCAAACGAACUUGAGAAAUCAAAAGAGCCACAAGAACUAGAGGAACGUGAAGAAUCGGUGGAACCAGAGAAGCUCGAGGAAAUAAAGGAACCAGAUGAACUAGACGAACUGAAAGAACCAGUAGAUUCUGAAGGACAAGAGAGACAAGCGGAACCGGAGGAGCGAGAGGAACACAAGAAACUGGAGGAGUACGAAGUACCGGGGGUAUAUAGCGGACUGGGGAAACACGAUAAACCAGAGGUACACAAUAUACCAGAGGAAGACGAUAAAUCGGAAGAACAUAAGAAACUAGAGGAGCACGACGUACCGGAGAUACAUAGCGGACUAGGGAAACACGAUAAACCAGAGGUACACAAUAUACCAGAGGAAGACGAUGAAUCGGAGGAACACAAGAAACUAGAGGAGCACGACGUACCGGAGGUACUCAACGAACUGGGGAAACAUGACGAACCGGAAGAACUGCCUCAACGAAAACAGCCGGAUGAACGACCAAGGGAAACAGAGGAGAUGGAUUAUUUGGCAACGAGAGUGAAGGAAAGGAUGGAAAAGCCACGGAAGAAGCCACGGAAGAAGCCAGAGCCUCUACACACGCCUUUCGAGAUAAACCUGUACCAAGCAUCAUGGUUUCACAAACUCGACUUGUCCGAAGAGGACUCUUUACUGGGUAAGGACGAUCUAGAUUUCCUUGCCUCGAAACCGUUCGAGGAAUCCACACGACGGCAGUUACGGCGUGGCCUUCAGCGGAUGUUCAAAACGCCUUCACUAUCCAUUCGGCGAAGACUAAGGAGAUGGAAGCAAGCGAUAGCAAAGCGGCUAGGUGAAAGAUAGCGGACUGUGGCCGAUAUGAAGGGAGGGUAUUUGGAAGAGAAGUUGGGAAACGAGUAUCAAAUUGUACUUGGAGAUGGCUUGUAUGUUGAAGAUAGUUGAUUUGAAAUUUUUAUUUUGUGUAUUUGGGGAUGGCAUGUAUCAAAAACAAAACGAGUGUUGAUGGGCCACCGCACUUAGAUUGCAUGUACGGUCCAUCAAA